GUUGAUUCUGUGUUUUCUUAAUUGUCAAAAUAAAGAAGGAAGGCACGGGAAGGUUACAAUUACGAUUCUUAGAAACUUGAUUGUAUGUGUUUUAAAUAAAUUGUGUUUAGUGAAAGUUUGAUAUAAAUAAGACUAUUAAAGCUCUUUACAUGUUUACUUUUGACUUAACCAGUCAUUAUGUGGGAUUCACCAUACUUGACUUGUUUGUUUCUGUAUAUAUUUUCAUUUCAAAUAAUCGCAACUAAUUCUCGCACAUCAAAUAUUUGGAAAUUGGAUGUUGAAGAAGGUCAAAUUGUUGAUGGUACCACACUGUCGCAGGACGACUCAGAUAAGCCAAAAAUAAAUGAGAACGACAAAGUAUUCAAUAUAAUAACAUCAACAGUUUACUAUGGUAAUACAUGGACAAAACAUGGCUUUGAUAUGUUCUGUACUGAUUGUCAGAUGUAUGAACAACAAAGGUCUAAUGGUGAAAAUGGUGAAGAGACAUCAACAGAAACAAAUGUCACAGAUAUAGAAGAUGAGUACUUAGACUGUGGCAAAUCAGUUAACUUCACCUAUUAUGACAACUUGGUUGGUGUUGCCCGACGGCAUAGACACCCAAAUGUACCUGAACCUCAGGUUGCCCUAAUAUUUACAAAGAAGAAAUCCUAUAAAAAUGGUGUGACAGAAUUAGACAUAAAUGCUUUAGAAAAGAGGCUCAAGAAAGCCAAAAGAGAGAAACCAAAGUCAGUUCAACUUUACAACCAAAUUGGGAACUUCUGGAGAAUUAAAGGUGACACAAGACAGUCCAUUGAGUGCUUCCGACGGGCACUCGCUGUGUCACCUUAUAAUGCUGAAGUCCUGUUAAAUCUCGCCAGAGUACUGUUUACACUUCAGUACUUAGACGAUGCGAUCUACUUGACGCGUCGCUCGCUAGAAGUACAACCGCCUGACCGCAGUGCUUGGCAACAAUACUUCACACUUGGAGAAAUUUUCAAAGCAUAUGGACAUUAUCAGGAGGCAGCUGUACAUUUGAAACACGCGCUGGACUUGCGGCCGGACUUCGAGCCCGCGCUUAUAGCGCUCAAGGACAUUGAGAACAUACCGGAGGCUUCGGUUCAUGUGUACACCAUACUUAUUAUUGUUUGUCUGGUGAUGGGUGUCCUGCUUGUCAUUUUAUCAUCAGUUGACAGCGGCACAGACGAUGAACAUAAGACACAAAGACAUUUUAACCGGGCGAUGGCGAUGCGGUCCCUUAGAGGAGUCGUCCCUGGCACCAGACGAAAGAAGUACAACUCAUAAACAGAAUGGACACCGCCUGAGUUUACGAUCUUCAAGUAUUUUUAGUUCCUAUUUGAGUUUUUUCUUUUUUCAAAAUGGCGCCGCGUCCCAUAAAACGGUUUUUAAAUGCAGUUUGAAAUUACAUUGGGAAAAUGCAUUAUGCUCAAUAGCUCUGGGAUAAAGUGAAAAUAUAUCUCAAUGAAUAUAGAAGGGAUUGUGAUGGAAGAAAAAUUUUAACUAAUCCGUUUGCUUUCUGUGGUUAUUCCCUACCACUAUAAAUCUGUACCUGCGCUAUUUAUUUUUCAUAGUUUUUUUUUUGUGUUAACAUUUUAUGGUAAAUUGACAUGUGAAUUAAUAUUUGUUUGAUAAUUUGUACUUACUGAUCAAUGCUCAAGAAUUUUUAUUAACUUCCUAAUAAUAAUUAAUUUCAGUUUAAAAAUUACAAUAUAUAUUAUUGAUAUAAAAUUAGAAUUUCAAUUGCUGCUCUUAUGUUAGGAAAAUAAACAUAUGGGAUCACUUCCUUAAAAGUUGUGAAAAUAUUUGUAAGUAAAAAGAAAUUGCCAUUUUCAAUGUUUUAUAUUUAUUUAUCAAAAUUAUAAAAGCCACUGGUUAUCUACCAGUCUCAUUUCUUUUUUCUCUUAGUUGUCUAUUGGUACAAAAAGAUAUAGAUUAAAAAGCAACUUGUGGAAACUCAACAAAUCUGUAUAAUAUCCUUGUACUACGAAUGUAAAUUUUACAACUGACGUCUGACAGCUUGACUUAUGACUUCAACACUUUUAAGUUUAAACACUACAUUUCUUAUUUUAACAAUGAAUGCUUUAAACAACAUUAGUCCAAAUACGAUGUGACGAUUUGAACAGUUGUACUUCACUUUGAGUUACUGAUAUCUAAAUGUUUAUAUGUUUAUUCUGCUCAUUGAUUUUGUUGUAUAUUUUUAAAUAAUUAUAAUUACAUUUUAAGGUUGUGACCAAAUUGUAUUUAUUACUUGUGAUAGAUUUUAAACUCAGGCCCACGACGAACGUACAAUUAAUAGCUUUGUGAGCGUAAAUUUGAGUAACUUUUACUUAUGUUACUACUAUUAGUGUUUAUCGCUAUUAAUAUCAUUGGCGGGAAACUGAUAUGAUCUAGCACUGUUUCACUAAACUGUAAUAAAUUUUAAUUGACAAUAAAAUUUGUCGUUCAUGAUUUCGAUGAUUUUCAUCUAACGCAAGAACAUUUCACAUUCACAAAACAUUGUUUGUAAAAACGAAUUCAUUGUUAAAUUUACGUAGAUAUAUUUUCAUUGGUGGUGAAAUGUCAAUUAAGAACGAUCUUAAUUAUAUUGUGUAUAAGAGUUCAUAUUGAAUUGUAUAACUAUAGAAUAAUAUUUUGUAAAAAAAAAGUCUAUCAGUCUGUUACAAAAAACAUAUUUUAAUAUUGAUGAAUUGAUUUAUCUAUACAUUAUUCCAUAAUUUUAAUGAAACAGUGUUAGAAUACAGAGGCUAAAUGGCUUGUACAAACAUAAACACAAAAGUUAUGAGACCAAAUGGUCUAGCCAUGUCUGAUAUGAUCUCUGCUUGUAGUCUUCAACACCUAAGAUAGACAUAUUGUAUUCCUCCUAGCAGUUUUAUCUGAAAUCCCACUUACAAUAAGAAAGAUGGUUUAUAUUGUUGUAUAAAUAAAUCUUAAAUUUCAUUUAUUAACUGCUUUAAAGGGAUUUACAUGAAACAGUUGUGUAGGAAGACAGUGUUACAUGUGAGAGUAAUUCUGCAAACUAGUCAUUCACUUAGACAAGUUGGAUUUGUUGGUAUGAGUCUGUAUGUAAUUCAUUGUAGUGCAUGCAAAUAACUUAAGUGUUUGUAGAGUCUAAGGAUUUAAAGUUGCAACUUAAAUUCUGAGAUUGGUAAAAAAAAAAUGUACCUGUUUUCAGUGGUUCUUUUGUUAAUUUUUGACUAUUUAUUACUUAAUAUAUGAUUGUCCUAGCAUC